CAACCUCACCAUAUUCCCGCCCUUCGAAGACCAGUCGAAGGAAUCUCCACAGCACAAGCGAGACUCCCCACUCGAAUUUACCUUUGACGACCUAGGCGGCGAUACCAACGACAUGGCAGGCGCGACUUCGCCAUACAUCAAGCCAGAGCCAAACGACUUCAACUUCAACGACCCCAACAUGUUCCAGCAAUACAACACCCAGCAAGGUCACAUGGGCCAGUCAUACGGCGGUGGCGUCAACAUGAACGUGAACCCAGCCAACCUGACUAACGGCAAUGGUCCCAUGAGCAACAGCUUCAUUGGCGAUGACGAGCUUCUAGAUCUACAAAUUGACAGCGCUCCAUCGACCAACGGCGAAUUCAGCUUCAACACAGGCGUGCAGAACUUCAUGCAGCAGCAACAGAACACCUUCUCACACACCCCAGACGGAGCACCAAUGCACUCACCAUUCUCGAAUGACGGCUUCAACUAUGGUCAAUUCCGACCAGCACCAGGCCAGCAGCAAUUCGGCGCUCACAGCGUGCCGACACAAGCCGCCUUCCGCCCUCACAUGCAGCACAUCGACAGGAAGGUGUCUGACUCGCGGUCGCCUGCCACACCAAACACUCCCGGCAUUCAGCACCUGCAAGUCAGCGACGAGUUCACACACCCAGGUAUGCAACCAAUUCAACACAGACAACAAGGCUCGAUCGGCAACGGCUGGGAUAGCACACCAAGCGGACAUAGCUGGGACGCCUCCUCGCCAUUCCCAUCUCCUCACAACGGCCAGCCACAUCACCCACAGAUUGCCGAAGUUCUGAAGAACAGCGGACACCACCACGGCAAAGUCGCCUCCUCCCUACCGACUAAGAUGGAGCCAGGAGCCGGCCCACCUUUCAACACUCAGGAAGCCAAGCGUAGGCGGCGUCGCGAAUCACACAACAUGGUGGAGCGCCGUCGCCGCGACAACAUCAACGAGCGUAUCCACGAUCUCGGUACGCUUGUCCCACAGCACAGACUCGAGGACGAGAAGGUCCGAAAGCACCUCCAUACAAAUGCGCCACUUUCACCAUCAAUUGCAAACGCCGGCAUGUCACCUCCAAAUGCUGCCUCCUUGCUUGGCACAUCCGCGCGCCGCGCAGCUGGAUCUAUCACCCAGGGUCUCCCCAUGGAGGAGAAGGACAAGGGCCCAAACAAGGGCGACAUUCUCAAUGGCUCAGUAUCUUGGACUCGAGACAUGAUGUGGUUCAUGCACAUGAAGCUGAAUCAGGAGCAACAGCUCAAGCAGCUUGUCUCCGAGCUCGGUGCCGAAUGGCCUUUCGAUCAGACCGAGGAUGAGAAGCGCAUGACUUCCGAGAUUUUGGAAGUCCUGAACAAGCACGCUACCGCAGGUGGCUUCACUGGCUACUCUCGACAGGCUGGGUCUGGAUUACGGGUGCCUGGAUACACGAACCUCGCCGGCGACUCCACUAACAGCGACUCACCACAAAGCCUUACCAUUCCACCUCUGAGCCCUGGCUUCCAACCAGGUGGCAGUGGCAUGAGCAGUGGAGGUGUCAGCCACAGUAACUACAACUGGGCCACUGACUUCAAGGAAGAGGACGAGUACGGCAUGGACACUCAGUAG